AGAAAAAGUACGAUUGUCAAGUUCAAUUAUACCAAAAAAUGAAAUGUCAAAUUGGAUAAUUCGGACGGAGAGAGAGAGCAUAAUACAUAUACUUGGGGUGUAUUAUGAACGUUUUCUUCAAUGGACUGAUGAACAAGAAUGAGAGAAGGAAAAAGCGAAAAGCCUUAGUGUGAAUGAACGAAGAAAAGUGUUGAAAACAAAGGAAAGAAAGGCCCCCCAGUUAUAACUUAAAACACCCCUACUUAAAUCAAACUUGCCCAGACAACGUUGCGUCUCUUUAGACUUCAGUUCAGUUAGCUCGUUUUUUCUCCCAUUCUCUCUUUCUCAAGUCAACCAUGUCAACGUCUUCGGAGCAGAAGAAGAAGAUGAUCGUGUUGAAAUCAUCGGACGGGCAAAGAUUCGAGAUCGAGGAAUCUGUAGCCGUACAAUCCCAACUAAUCAAGGGCAUGAUCGAGGAGGAUUGUGUCGGCCAUCGCGAAAUCUCUCUUAAGAGAGUCAAAAGCGAUAUCUUGGCUAAGGUCGUUGACUAUCUCAACCGCCACUAUGGCAGUUGCGGAAGCGGAUCAGAGUCGUCGGAGGAAGCUGCUGCUGAGGAUCUAAACUCGUUUGACUCCGAAUUCGUCAAAGUUGACCACCCAGUCCUCUUUGACCUGAUCUUGGCUGCAAAUUUCCUCGAGAUCAAGAGCUUGCUCGACCUCGCCAGUGAAACUGUUGCAGAGAUGAUUAAAGGUAAGACUCCGCAACAAAUCAGAGAGUUGUUCAACAUAAAGUAUGAAUUCACUCCCGAGGAAGAAGAAGAGGUCAGGAGGGAAAACGCAUGGGCAUUUGAAUGAUCUGGAUGUUGUUUGUUUUUAAUUUUUCUAAAUAAAAGAAACUUCAUUGUAUGUUUUUCUUUCCCCUCCUAUGUAUGAAUGUACGGAGUUGCUGGUUUUUAUGGACAACAUUUUAUUUUAAUUUUUUUAUUUGGAUUUGAGAUGUGAUUUAAAACGUGUACUGAGUUCAUUGUAUCGAUGAUAUAAUAAUAACGUCGAAACUUUGGCCCUCGCAUAUGUAGUGAUUGAAAAGCAAAGGACAACGUUGAAUUAAGG